AGUUCAGACAGAAGUGAAGGUGUGGCAGCAGUCAUGUGGAGGAGGGCCAUCUGUGGCAUUCAAGUGUCACGGGGGAAACUUUAUGGAACUUUUCCUGAUGCGUAUCUUCACUCGGAAAGCCCUUUCAGUUAAUGUCUGUGGGCAUUCGUGUCGCAGCGGGAGGCAGGUCUGAGUCCGUGCGGCCGGCUGAGCCGAGAGCAAAUCUUAAGACAGCGACAGCGACAGGAGCGUCGCAGGUUGGAUUUCGCUUUCUUUGGGGAGCUGGAAUCGACAUUGCUGAACAUUCGGUUCAUGCUAAUGUCGCUCAGAAGAUCUGGAGGAACCCAGUGAUCUGUCAUGAAGACAGCUUAAUAACUACUGGACGAAGAGUACUUCCUUUUUCUAUACUUCAUCACCUCUCAUACAGCUACCAUGCGUAGAUUCAGCUCUGAGGGAUCCCUCCUGGAUCUUGACUUCCUCCCAUGGAAGAGGGUGGCAAUACGGAAACCAGAGCAUGAGAAGAACCAGGAAUCUGGCACCUACACACCUCACGUGGAGGGGGAUGAGCUGGACGGGAGGUCAGCCUGUCCCACCAUCCAGGAGCCCAGAGCGAGUCCUGGCGAGGCGACGAAGAGGGAGCUGACCAAGGAGCACAGCAUCAGUGUGGAGAACCUGAGUGAGCUGGGGAAACAGGACAAGAGCCACCUCGGAGUGUGUGUCAUCAGUGAAAGCUGCAGAGCCUACAGCGACGGUCAGCUGGCCCCGGCAGCUCAGGGCAGCACAGAGAGCAUGGAGAGAGAUGACCUGCCUCCCGCAUCCCCUUCAUCCUCCUCCAGCCCUGUCCUCUUCAAAUCGCAGCACUGGCACCACCCUAAACCCAAACUGUCAUCUGCCAAGCUGCACCUCAAGAGUCUGUUUGGGCAGAGUCCUCAUUCCUCAAACCCCAACCUGUUCAACGCAGAACAAAAAGACAGUGCCACAGAGAGGAGGUCUCGCCUGCUCUUCAUGCGUCAGUGGAGUCAGGUGGGCCACGGCAGGAAGAGGCAGAUCAGUCGAGAGGAGCUGGAAAAAUGGGCAGCGUCCCUGAACGCCCUGCUGGCCAGCCAAACUGGUGUGUCAGUGUUUGGAGAGUUCUUGCGCUCUGAGUUCAGCGAGGAGAAUCUGCAGUUCUAUAUGGCCUGUGAGCAGUACCGACACUCGUCCAACAACUUCAGUCUGCAGAGGAGGGCGAGGAACAUCUGCGCCACCUACAUCCAGCCAGGUGCCCCCCGAGAGGUGAACCUGGACUGCAAGACGAGGGAUCUGACCAUCCAGCUGCUGCAGGCUCCGUCUCACACCUCUCUGUCCCACGCACAGAAACGCAUCUACUCUCUCCUGGACACAGACUGUUAUCCUCGCUUCCUCCAGUCCAACAUCUACCUCUCCUUACUCCGAGAAGCCGACUAGAAGCCUGGUGUCAAUGACACACCUGAAGGAGGAACAGUGGCUCAGCGUUUCCAGGACGUCCCAAACAUUGUGUACAAUAAUGCUAAAUACAUCUUCAAAAGAUCGAGCAGCAGUGAGGGAAGUUAGUGUGAAGAACAUAUCUGGAGCAAAUGUUGAUGCCCACUGAACACUGUGUGUAGGAAUGUAAGUAAGUGAAAUUCAUUAGUUCAGUAUUCUGGAAAAUGUUUGUUUGCUUUCUUUCAGAGUGAGAUGUUCUGAUUAAUAUUGAUGUCUCACGUCUGUGUGUUCCCCUGCUUCCAGUCUUUGUGCUAAGACAACCACACCAUGACUCCAGCUCUGUACUUCACACACAGACAUGAGGCUGAUACAUAUCCUUUAUUCCCAAUCCCAAUUUUGAAAAAGCAAAUAAUGCAGUUUCUCAAAACUAAUGCCCAAACUUUUCCUUUAUGUGGCUCCUUGCUGGCUUUGAGCUGCAGCAGUAGGUGCAUUUGGCCAUGAGAAUUUGGAAAAACUCAGACGAGGCAGUUUUCUUUCCCUCACUUAACACGACCAGUGAAAUGAUGCGGCUCUUGUUUUAAUCACUGAACAUCCUUCCUGUGAGCUGCUAAUGACCCCGCGGUCCAGUAACUCAGGCUGAGUUUCCUCUGCUGACAGAAAGGAAAAACAAGUUCAGCAAGAAUGAGCUCUUUGCUAAAAAGGUCAUAGUACUAUGUAAUUUACUUACAGAGCAAAGGUGGGAAACCUGAGCUAAUUGACUCUGCCAGGUGAAAUGAAUACAAAGCUACAGGGAAGUUGAGUUCAGUGUGCCUCUAAAGACUCACCGUUCAAACACACACUGUGUACAGAAAACAGUCAUUGAAGUAGUUUGUUUGUAAUGAGCAUGUUGAGUAGCGUUUCUUUGAAUGUUGGUCCUGUUAAAUUUGAAAUACCUUGUAUAAUUAUAAGGAGGAAAAACAUUUUGAAGAAGCCGAUAACAUCCAGUUAUUAUUUGAGAGUUUUAAAGAGAAAGAAAUAAAAUCCUGUUUUUUAUCUGA